AUGGCGAGACUAUCAAAUUUACCGAGUGAACUUCUCUUCGAGAUUAUCGAUCUCAUAGUCACUUCUAUCCACUGGCCAGAGGGUAGCAAACGCUACCGUCCGGUGGGAGACACAGGCCUGUUCCCUAGAAACAUAUAUUGCGUCCCUAAACUGAAACUCGACGAACGACACCCUGCACUUAAUCUCUUGCUCACGAGUCGGAAACUCUACCUGGAAACUCGAAUUUAUCUCUCAAAGAAGCUGCAAACUCUCGACCUCGACGUCGCAAUCGUUGACGACCAUUGGAUUUGGCCCACGUGGCGAAAUCUGUCCGUGCGGAAAGACGGCGCCUUUGACCGAAUCGAUGUCCAUUUCAUUCUUUGCUGCACUGAACACGAACGCUCACUACGAGAUGAAUGGAAUACGGACUCCGUAGCAGGUGCUUGCAAGAGUAUAGAUAAGGACUGCUUGCCAGCUACAAGGUACUUGAACUGGCGAGCACUGAAUCCGCUGAACAACCUUGUUGGUAACGGAAACACCGGCACUUCCAUCGUCAACACGUUCUCCGAAUUCAUGGAACAGCCCUUUUCUGGCGAACCAAUAGGAAGCCCUUUCAUAUUCAAGACCAAUACGCUAGCAUUCCAUGUCGACACGAGUAUCUAUAGAGACGGGAACAGACUCCUAGGUGAAUCAGAAGUGCCCGUGAGAAUAAUCGAUGGCCUUGCCCACCUCUACUUCAAACAACUUUACCCCGCCAAUGUCGAAAGAGCAAAAUAUUUUCUCGAAGAUGUGCAGGAAUACGUUCAAAUCUGGUUUCAAGAAUGGAAAGAGAAUAAAGAAGCUUCGCCGAGAGUUGGGAAAGUCGUAUUCUGCAUUGAUGGAGCGACUGUGCGAGAGCUGGACCUAGCACAGUAUGCAUUGGGAGUUAGAGACGACUAA